AGAAAGACGACAACUUUUUAUGAUGCAACGCGGAAGUUGCCAGGAAGUUCUUCCUCAUGCAACGAGACUUAUAAGGACCUCCAUCACCUUCCCUGAUCCAUCUCCAAUUAAUUUUACUUUACAUUCAUAAUGACUUCUUCCAUCGCAUUCCCGGAAGUCCUUUCCUCUCCUUCCUCCUCCAAUUCUCUUUUUUUAACCUCGCAAUCAAAUCACGAUGUAUUCUUAAGCUUUCGCGGAGAGGAUACUCGCAAUAAUUUUACUGUUCAUCUUUAUCAUGCUUUGAUUCGAAAGGGAAUCAACACUUACAAAGAUGACAAGGAGCUGAAAAAAGGUGAAGAAAUUUCACCGGAACUUCUAAAGGUCAUUGAAGAGUCAAAGAUUUCGAUCGUAAUAUUUUCUGAAAAUUAUGCAUCAUCGACGUGGUGUUUGGAUGAGCUGUUGAAGAUCCUAGAGUGUAAAGAAUCAAAACAACAGAAGGUUCUAGCAGUGUAUUACAAAGUCGAGCCAUCGACAGUACGACACCAAAAAGAAAGUUUUGAAGCAGCGUUCGCUAAACAUGAAGAAAAGUUCGAUGAUGCUAAAGUUCAGAGGUGGAAGACUGCCUUAAAUCAAACUGCCAGGCUAUGCGGUUUUCAUUUGAAGAUCAACGAGGACGAAUAUGAGUUUAUCCAGAACAUUGUUCAAGAGGUCUCAACAAACCUUACCAAAUCGUUUUGACUUGCAUGUUGCCGAGUUUCCGAUGGGAAUAAAGUCUGAGUAGAAGAUAUUAACAUGCUAUUAUGUAUUGAGGAGAAUGACAUACGCAUGAUGUUAUGAGAUUGGGGAUUUUGGUUUCCUAAAAGCACGAAGGCUGUCUUGAAAUAUUGCUGCUGUGUCGUUUCAUUUAAGUUGUUUAAAUUUAGUAUUUUACUUAGUCAAAAGUUGUGGGCUAGGUGGGUCCUUAGUGGGUUGUUGUUUUUAUUAGUGCUUGUAACUGUUUGGGUUAUUUGUUUAAUUCCGUAAGUAAUGGGUUUGCCCCACGUUGUGUAACGGGUCAUUGUCCAUGACCUAUUUAUGUUAACUGCAUUCAAUGAAAGAAGAAAACAAAUUAUCUUCAA